AUGGAGGAAGCCAAAACGCUCAUCCGAACUGCGGUCCGAACCUUCUUUACCCAUCCCAAGCAGAUCCUCAUCAUCGAUGCUAUUAUGCUUCAUUCAGUACUACAGAUGGAUGAUCUCUCCGUCCUCAUCUCCGCGCAACCAAAAGACAUUCGCAGUCUUAUGAACCCUCUCCGCGCCGCGCGGCUAAUUCAAAACCAUUCCCGCAUGGAAGUCAGAGUUGGAUCCCAGCGAGGCAGUCCAAGAGAAUACUAUUACUGUCCUUUCCACCCUGCCAUCGACGCUAUAAAAUACCGUAUCGCAAAGCUCCGAAAGAAGGUCGAGGCUUUAUAUCAACAAGAUGAGACCAGGAGAAAGGACUGGAGGUGUCCACGCUGCAAGGCCGAGUAUGAAGAAUUAGAUAUUCUGGACAAGAUCGGUGACGAGGGGUUCUAUUGCGAUCGCUGUGGUGCCACAUUAGUUCAGAACGAGCAUGCUGCUCAAGACCGAGGAAAUCACGAAAAAAUCCGACGGUUGAACGAUCAACUCAAGAAAUUCGACGACAUGAUUCUCAAGAUUGAUAGAAAGGAUAUACCUGAGAACGACUUCGCUUCUGCUUGGGAGAGGAAGAAAGAGGUCCCAAGAGAGCGUGGUGGAAGAACGGAGAAUAAAUAUGUCGAACUCAAGCGGGACAAUAAGAACCAGAAGCGUGGCCCAGAAAUGGUCAAGGUGGAAAACCUGGCAAUUAAUCUUACGAGUGGCGCGGAACAAGAUCGCGAAGAGGCAGAACGGAAAGAAGAACGCAAAAAAUUACUGGCGAAACAAAAUCAACUUCCUGUGUGGCAUACGAGCAGUGCGAUUGGGGCCGUCAACAACGCCAUAGGGGUGAAAACAGAAACUGCGGAGUCGAACGGUCUAAUAUCUAACAAGGAAGAAGACGUGGAAGAGAAGAAACCCAACCUCGGAGGAUCCUUAGGCGCAACCACUAAUACCCUCCAGGAUGAAGUCGCCGCAUACAUGGCGGAGAUGGAGCGCGAAAGGGAAGAAGCUGAAAAACGAGCCAAAGAGGAAGAAGCCGAAGACGAGGAGGAUGAUGAUCUCGAAUUCGAAGACGUCGAUGUCGUUGGAACUAGCAACGUGGGGACUCCUGCCAGUACUUCGCAAACACACCACCCCGACGUCAAGCCAGUGAACGGUGUGAAGAGGGAAAGGGAAUUCGAUGACGAGAGCAGCGAUGCUAAUACACCUAUGAGUCUUGUCGGUGGUGAUAAAGAUCGAGACAACAAGCGGGUGAAGUUCGAGAAUGGGACUUCCGGUCCGAACGCGGAUGCGGACGUCAAGCUCGAGCCUGGAUCGGGUCCUGCUUUGAAGGCCGAGGACGCGGAUUCUGACGAAGACGAAGAUUUUGAAGAUGCCAUGUAA